AUGGCGUCGAAGGAUCUACCUCGAGAGGUGCUCGCAGACAGCAAGUCCACCCGCAACCCAGAGACAUCAACAAGCGACGUACUCCCGGACAGCGUGCCGACGACACUACCACCUACGAUCGCCACAUACUCCGCGAAUUCUACCAACAAACUCUCUGCAACGGCCAUCGCAUUGCUCAUGCUACCACUCUGUCUCUCCGUCUUCCUAUCCGCCCUCGACCUCACGAUCAUCACACCCGCCAUCCCCACCAUAGUGCAACGCCUGCACUCUACCACAGGCUAUGUCUGGAUAGGCAGCGCAUUCAUCCUAGCUAGUACAGCUAGUACGCCAGUCUGGGGUUCAUUAGCAGACAUAUGGGGUCGCAAGCCCAUCCUCUUGAUUGCGCUGACCAUAUUCCUCGGGGGAAGUCUACUCUGCGCUCUUGCGCCGUCCAUGCAUUCCCUUAUUGCGGGCCGUGCAUUGCAGGGCCUUGGGUCAUCUGGAAUGGGCACAACAGUCAACAUCAUCAUUUGCGACACAUUCUCCCUGCGCGAUCGAGGGCUGUAUCUUGCCAUAACGUCCCUGGUGUGGGCGGUGGGCAGCGCUAUCGGCCCAGUCAUCGGAGGCAGCUUUACGACAAAGGCGAGCUGGCGAUGGUGCUUUUGGAUCAAUUUGCCAAUCGGAGCAGUGGUAUUGGUCGUAUUGGUCUUCUUCUUGAAGCUGCCCUCGCCGCACACGCCUGUCUUUGCGGGUCUGAAGGCUAUCGAUUGGGUAGGGAGUAUCCUGAUCGUUGGCGCCGCAUUGAUGAUCUUGCUCGGACUGGACUUUGGUAGCGUCACGUUCCCCUGGUCUUCAGCAACAGUCGUAUGCCUUAUAGUCUUUGGACUCGUGACGACUGCCGUCUUCCUCGUGAAUGAGUGGAAGUUCGCCAAUAAUCCCGUCAUUCCACUGCGUCUUUUCACAAAGCGUUCGACAGUCGCUGCAUACUUCGUGUGGGCUUGUAACUUCUACAUCCUGGUUGGCCUUUCAUAUUACUUGCCUCUAUACUCCCAAUCCGUGUUAAGCGCCAACGCUCUUGUCUCUGGCGUUCAUCUCAUACCGCUCAUUGUGGCAUGCUCUUUGUCCGCCGCAGGCACAGGCGCGUAUAUCCAGACGACAGGAACAUAUCUUCCGAUCACAUACGUUGCACAUAUUUUGCUAUGUCUUGGUACAGGUCUUCUCCUUAGCGUUCGGGUUGGAGAGAGCCUGACGAAGCUCAUCAUCUUCCAAGUCGUCACAGGCAUCGGAGUGGGCAUGAAUAUCGAACCGCCACUCAUCGCUGCGCAAGCUGCAAUGACCGUUGCGGAUACGGCGGUCAUACAAGCGACUAUGACUUUCAUGCGGUCGCUGGCAACGACUGUAGCGGUCGUUGUUGGGGGCGUGAUCUUCCAGAAUCGGAUGGAUGCUGCUAGCCAUGGCCUUGCAGAGAAGAUUGGUGGAGACCUGGCGAGCAUGUUUGGUGGUGACCAGGCGUCAGCAAAUGUUGAGGUGAUCAAGACUUUGCCCAAUGCUCAGCAAUUGCUCGUAAAGGAUGCAUACUACCGCUCUUUGAGAUCAGUCUGGCUUAUGUUCGUAGUGGCCGCAGGCCUGUCGUUCAUUGCCAAUUUCUUCCUCCGUGCGCAUCAUUUGAGCGAUACGUCUAAGCCCGCAGUUCUCGGAAUCGACAGAGCUAAUGGAUCGAGGCACGAGUCAACAGAGAAUGGAGGUACACCUAUGACAGAACUACACCGUAGGUCUGAGGGCGAUAGGCAUCCCUCUAGCGUGCAGUCUACUUGA